AUGACCCCGCCGUUCCGGAGGUCGCUGGGGUGCCUCACCGGCGCCCUGCGCCGCGCGGGCACUCCCGGAGCCCUCCAGCCCGGCGCGAUCGCCCGGCCACUCGCCGCGACCGCCGACGACGAGACGAAGCGGAAGGAUCCGGUGGACGCCGUCGCGACUCCCGAUGCCGCCCCCGUGGCCGAGGCGGCGGGAUCUGGCGGCAAGUCGGCGCCCAAGCGCAUCAAGCGGCCGCUCUCGGCGUACUCCCUCUACGUCAAGCACGCCUACCCCGCGCUGAAGGAGGCCAAACCCGGCAUCGAGCCCCACGACGCCACAAAAAUGAUCGGCAAGAUGUGGAAGCGCCUGCCCGAGAAGGAAAGGGUGCAGUUCCAGAAGGAAUCAAACAGAUUGCGCGCAAUGGCGGCGGCGGAAAGAGAGGCGACGACGCUGAAGACGGCGGACGGGACGGAGACGACGGAGACGGAGGAGACGACCCAGACGUCCGAGAAGGGCAAGGCGGAGGGACCCAAGAAGCCGAUGAGCGCGUACAUGGUGUACAGCGUGCAGCUGUACCCGUCGAUGAGGGCGCGCUUCCCCGAGGACAAGCCGGUCGACCUGACCAGGAGGAUCGGGGAGAUGUGGAGACACAUGGGCGAGACGGAGAAGAGGGUGCGGUUGCGGAAGGCCGAAAGGGCGAUGCAGGCCUAUGUGGAGGGACAGAGAGGGGAGGUGGGGAAGGAUUGA